AUGGCAGCCAACCAAAUGAGUGCCCGCCCGGCAUACUCCACGCCUUCUGGCACGUCCUCUGCAAUUCCUUCCGCGGGCACUGCGAAUCCGCUGUUGGGCGACAGCUCUGCAGACAAUGUGCCGUCGGAGAGCGACUCGCCUUCUGGUGCCUCUUCGUCGUCAGGCUCUGGCACUAGCUCGCAACCCGCCGGCUCGUACGACCUGGACUUGUUCACCGAAUUCCUUAAGAAUAGGCCACCGACCUUCCAAAUGAGCUACAUGGGCAUCAGCCCCCAUGCGAUCCAGCCAGCCUUUCCUCUUCUGCAUCCGGACAGCUCACAGGCCGUGCGCAGGAACGUCACAGUCCCCGAGGCUGUAUUCAAGAUGACACCCCGCACGCUCUUGGCUUAUACAGUGCCGGAAGACCAAACAAUCACCAACGUUUUGCUGGAGCCCCUCGCCGAUCACAAAACACCUGCUAAAUUCACCGCCUAUCCUCUUCUUGAAAGCCACCAUGCGGACUCUUUGGAGCAUGCAUCGCUUAUCGCUUUCGAUAGUUGGGCGGACAGUCGGGGAAUUCCUCAUGCCCGCGCUCCACCCAUGCUCAAUCCUCCUGUGACCCAAGUCAUUGGCAGACUUCCCCAGGAAAUGUUCGACGAGAUUGCAGGAUACCUAUCACAGGAUGACUUGAAGUCUCUCCGAUUGACAUCUCGAAUGAUGUGCAUUCGUGCAACUGGUGCUUUGUUCAAGACCAUCGUCAUACCUUUCCAUUCUGGCAUGUUUGGCGAGGAACUUCGAGCUGAACUGAAGGCACACGCCGGCAAAGGAAAGGGCAAGAGCAUGGCAAUUGAUGUCUUCAAGACUCAUGGCCACCUCGUGCAGAAGUUUGGUAUCAGCUACGAAAUCAAUGAAGUCAUCUUGCCAAAGCUGGCGGAGCAAAUGCUCACCAAGUCGUACUGGGGUACCUACUACUGGCCAACUGACCCCAGCAGACAUGAUGACACACCAAUAUCCGCGGUGGAAGAGGUUAUAGGCAUGAAGGAAGCCUUUGCCGAAAUGGACAACUUGAGGGAGCUUGCACUAUCGAUCAACAGCGGUCUUGGCUGGCUUCCGGGCCCAGACAAGUCAAUACGUUCUCAGAUGGUCCGUGACCGUAUCGAGCUGUUUCCCGGAGCCCAUGCACUACCUUCGAGAAACACACAAGCUCAACGUGAGCUUUGGAAUUUCGUCAAGUCGCAAUACGCUGCCCGUGACCAGCUUCGCGAACUUGCUGCGUCUCGUCUUUACAAACUAGAAUGCGCUGACCAUCCAGCCCCACGUGAUCCCAUCACCUACAGUGGAAUUCCGAACGAGUUACAGUACGUUGAUCGCCAGACUCUGAUGGAGGCUACUGUACCGGAUGGCGAGCAGAGUGGAUUACGCUCUUCCAACGGACUUCUCAUGACCGCGCGCGACGCUAAUCACUCUCAAUCGUGCUCGUCGUAUCCGGUCCUACCGGCUAGCCUCACGCAAGAACAGAUUGCCGCGCUUAGGAAGACCCGAUGGGCUCAAGAUUCGUUGGUAGACGCCUACAUAAUCGGGGUGAUCGACUCAAAGACAUGCAGGGCAGUCAAGACCCUGAACUUGGCAUGUUUGCCUGGACGUACCAUCGAAGAUUUCAACCGAGCCGAUUUCUGGGAGGCUUUGCCCUGCCUAGAAAACCUCAAAAUCAUGGUCAUGGGGGAAAUCGGUGUUGUGAGACAAGACCGCUUUCGUGUGCUGCGCUAUGAUUCAGUCGAAAUGUCGGGGGCAACCUCCCCAUUCAAAGGCUUGUUGAUGGAUCAGAUCGCAGGACGAGAGAGCAUCAAGAACUUGCACAUUGGCUGGGCAAGUGGCGGUGAACAGGCGAUUGGAUUGUUUGGAAGAAACAGGCACCUCCUACCAGCUCCGUUCACCGUUGAUGCGCCGGUGCCAUCACCUUUCAUGAUGGAUGAUAUCGUCGUCUUCCCGCACGUCCAGCAUCUGACGAUCUCUAACUGCUGGAUGACAGCAAAUGCUCUGGAGCGUAUUGCCGCGGCUCAUCAAAGGCUUGAGCUUCGGAAGCUUACUCUCAACUCGAUCUCGUUGCAGGUCCUCCCUCGUUCGCUUGGUGGAGCAAUGCCAGCUAUGACUUCCAAAGUCUAUGUAAGAAACGCUCCUGCAGAUCAACUCGCGCUCGACUGGCCAUUCAGGGAGUGGUCCUGGCCGCGCGUACUCGAUGCAAUCUCGCCUGGUCCGAACUUUCGUCUUCUGGGCAAGGAGAGCAGGGGCUCCACCAGCCCUGGAACUCUGAAGGAGAUUGAACUGGUGUCAUGUGGCCAUAGCGCCCUCGAACACCUUUCGUGGAAUAUAUCCGAUUUGGACCCGGAAUUCUUCUACGCCCCUGUCGUACCGAAUCGUGAAGACGUGGCUGCUUACUUUCGAUCGCGCCGCCAGGCCCUUGAGCCACACAUGUCCAGGGUGUUCGACCUGUGGCUCGGUUCUAUCAUCCAGCACAUUCCCCAGACAGAGUCCAACGCUCUUCAGAUCAUUUGGGGAGCUACUAUCGGCUGGCAGGAUGAAGACGCCAGGUUCGCAGCGUCUUUGGACGGUCUUCGUCCGGGUGGUACUGGACGCUUCUCUGCAGUCAUUCGUGCCGCUGGUCAUUGA